UUGAAAAGCUCGCUCUGCGCGGAGCGGUCGAUGCCCAGGUGACACAUGGCAGCUCUGGUCACCUCCAAGCUGUCCUCUGCAAAGCCAAACAGGGGCUGGUUAAAAACAAAGCCAUGCACACAAACAGGGGCAAGCAGGACACUGCACAGCUGGAACUGCCACAGGACACCGAGGGAGCCAGAUGAUGCAGUUUGGGUAAAUCCCACAGUACAGGCUGGAGAACCCGGUCCCUGGCUCAGCGCUGCCUCUGUGGCUCUCCAGUGAGGCAGCAGGUGCUGAAGCACAUCCAAAAAAACAAGACAGUUUCAAAACACGGCCCCAGAGAUGCAAAUUCGCCAGCCAGAAACAGCUGCUUUAGGCCAGGUUGAGUUUUAAGACUUAAUAGUGCAAAUAGAAACUUCAAUAGAAUCCCCUGAUGCAGGUGGCCCUGGGGCAGGGGACUGAACAGGACAUAUUUUUGCCUGCCUUCCUGUGAAGUUCCAGCUGUUAUUAAUGGGCAGUGCAACUCAUCUUUACCAUCCAAAUUUCUUUCAGAAUUUGGCAGCCAGCGGUACUCAGCCCCUUCUGGAAGGUUCCACUCCAGCCUCUCCUCUGCAGUAGCACCUUUGGUGAUCUGGAGGCAGAAAACAAGGAAAGAUCUGUGGUCUGACGGCAUCGGAGCAGCCAGUGCUUUUGGGAAGGCUGUGACUCAGAGAAGUUUGUACUGCAGCAGAAACCAGAUAGGCUGCUGUCCCCUUCCUGCUUCCUCUGGAAAACUGUGGAGCCAGCCCAAGAGGAAGAAAGAAGGAUGUCCCAAAAACAGCUGAAAGAAGCCUUUAUCAGCAACCUGAACGGGACCAGUUUGCUGGAAAUUUCCAUGGGCUUGUCCCUGGCUCCGCUGUGCCUGCUCUGCAGAGGGCUCCUCCUGAUCCUGUACCACCUGCACUGUGGAAAACCUAUAAGUUCGAGGAAAUCCAGCCUGCUGCUGGACUUCCUGGUGCUGGUAUCCCCUCUGCUGUUCUCCUGCACCGUCUUGUCUCCAGUCCUCUUCCUCAUGCCAGUUAUCCUCGCCGCCUUCUGCGCCGGAAUAUUUUCCAAAAUAUGCAGCCAAAGAAAACGGGAGACCAGGGUGCCCUUUGGGCAGGUUGUAAAGGAGUUCCAGCAGACACGCUUGGACCCCGAGUACAUCCCAGCAAUAACCGUGUUCCGUGUCUAUGUCAAUGUGCUGACGUCCAUCAGCAUUUUAGCCGUGGAUUUCCCGCAGUACCCCAGGCGAUACGCCAAAGCCGAGACCUACGGCACGGGAGUUAUGGAUCUGGGGGUGGGAGCUUUCAUCUUCGGCAACGCUCUCGUUUGUCCCGAGGUUCGACAGAAGUCCCUUGAGACACAGCCCAAGUUUUCCAACCUGGCCAGGCAGUUCUUUUCCGUUUGGCCCUUGGUUUCCCUGGGCGUUGGGCGGCUGCUGAGCGUUAAAUCCAUAGAGUACCACGAGCACACGUCGGAGUACGGAGUGCACUGGAAUUUCUUCUUUACCUUGGCGUUCGUGAGACUCGCAGCAUCUCUGCUUUUAGCCCUGUUUCCUAAAAAUAAGUCUUGGGUCGUGGCUCUAACUCUGGCUGCACUUUAUCAGCUCGUUCUCAACACUACCUCUCUCAAGACGUUUCUCCUGCGUGGGAGCAGCGGCGGGGACAGCAGGGUUGGGUUUCUGGAUGCCAACAGGGAAGGGCUGCUCUCCCUCGUCGGGUAUCUGGCCAUUUACCUGGCGAGUGUGCAGGUGGGGCUGUGGCUGCUGAAGUGCAGGGGCUCAGUGAGGGGCUGGCUUGGGGCCCUGCGGGUUCUGGCCCUGGCGGUUGUGGUGCUGUUCGUGUCCCUGCACGUGUCCCAGGCGCACACGGACCCCGUGUCCCGCCGGAUGGCCAACCUCUCCUACUGCCUCUGGGUCAUUGCCCACUGCCUGAUGUUAUUUAUCUUCUUUGUGGCCACCGAUCUCACCCUGGUGUUCGCAAAGCUGCUGGUGAAGGGCUCCAGCGUGCCCUGCAGCUGGAGCGUUGCGAGGCCCCCUAAUUCCAACAAAAAGCUGGGAACGGAGGCCGCGCCGGUGGGGAGGGAAGAGGAGCUUCCACACCUUUGCCUGAUUAGUGCUAUUAACAAAAACCAGCUGCUGUUUUUCUUGCUGGCAAACGUCAUGACUGGUGCUGUGAACAUCCUGGUGGACACAAUCCACAGCAAGGCUGCCUUUGCACUCUGCAUAUUGCACUUGUACAUGUUUGUGAACUGUUUGAUUGUGUCUGUGCUGCACGCCAAAAACAUAGUAUUAAAGUUUUGGUGAUUCCACUCUGAGUGGAC